GCUGAAAGAGAACCAUCAGUAGAGGACGACAGUGACGGCCAUCUUAUAUAUCGUCAAGGCGAUGUUCUUCAAACACGAUGUACACAAAUUUCAAUGGUUUUUAUCUUGCUUUCAGAUGAAGUGGUUGGAACAUUAGGAGAGGGAACUUUUGGAAAAGUAGCAGAAUGCAAAGACCUGCAUGCGCCCGGCAACAGGGUGGCUCUGAAAAUAAUCAAAAACGUAGAAAAAUACAGAGAGGCUGCCAAACUGGAAAUAAAUGUUUUAGAAAAAUUAAAAGAAAAAGACCAUGAAAAUAAAUAUUUAUGUGUAAAAAUGUAUGAUUGGUUCGAUUUUCAUGGUCAUAUGUGUAUAUGCUUUGAAAUGUUAGGUCUGAGUGUGUUUGACUUUCUCAAAGAGAAUCAUUAUAUUCCAUAUACCUUAGAGCAAGUCCGACAUAUAGCCUAUCAACUAUGUUACUCUGUCAACUUUUUACAUGAGAAUCAGCUAACUCACACUGAUCUGAAACCAGAAAAUAUUUUAUUUGUCGACUCAGAAUUUACGUCAGUUUAUAAUCCUAAAAAGAGAAGAGAUGAGAAGACGAUAAAGAACACAGAAAUCAGAUUGAUUGAUUUCGGUUCAGCAACUUUUGAUCAUGAACAUCAUAGUACCAUAGUCUCCACACGGCAUUACAGGGCACCAGAGGUUAUUUUAGAAUUAGGUUGGUCUCAGCCGUGUGAUGUAUGGAGUAUAGGAACCAUCAUGUUUGAACUAUAUACUGGAUUCACACUUUUCCAGACUCACGAUAAUAAAGAACAUCUAGCCAUGAUGGAAAGAAUAUUGGGGUCCAUCCCUUACAGAUUAGCGAAAAAAUCAAAAAAGCAAAAGUAUUUCCAUCAUGGUCGACUAGAUUGGGACCCAAAAAGCAAAGCUGGUAGAUAUGUCCGAGAUGAAACUAAACCACUUUCGCGUUACAUAAAAGAGCCAGAUAACCACGAUCAUACCCAGUUAUUUGACGUCAUCUCCAAAAUGUUAGAAUACGACCCACGGAGCCGAAUUCAGCUGAAACAAAUCUUCCGUCAUCCUUUCUUUCUUCGAUUGUACGAAGCAGACUUAGUUAAAAGUGUCGAUCUUUCAAAAAACGAGGAUCGCUCUCGCUCGCAUAGCCUUAGUCGUUAAAAGAUAGAUAGCUUCAUAGCCUCGAGAUUCAAAGUUUUAAGACACCUGGUGCCACUCUGGUCAAGUAAUUUUAAGCUCUGGUAACAUCUGGUUAAGCUUAAAUUAGAAAUGAAAAUUAAUGCUUUGGUAAUUGCUGGAUUUAUUUUAUGAAUUUAAGCUUUGGAAUGAAAAUUUGAUUUAAGACACCUGGUGCCACUCUAGUCAAAAAUUUUAAGCUCUGGUAACAUCUGGUU